GCCCCGCCUUCCCGCUUCUCGUCCCCCUUCUCCAGGCCUGCCUAGCCCCCCGCCCCAGAGCCGCAGAAAUGGUCAAUGAAAAGGAGAAGACCGGUGGACAGGUGUUGGAAGAAUGGAAAGAGUUCGUGUGGAACCCGCGGACUCACGAGUUUAUGGGCCGUACCGGGACCAGUUGGGCCUUCAUCCUCCUCUUCUACCUCGUCUUCUAUGGGUUUUUAACUGCUUUGUUCACCCUUACCAUGUGGGUCAUGCUGCAGACCGUCUCAGACCACAUUCCCACAUACCAGGACCAGCUUGCAACACCGGGCUUGAUGAUUCGUCCUAAGACAGAAAACCUUGAGGUUUUGGUCAACCUCAGUGAUACCAAGAGCUGGAACCAGCAUGUGCAGAUACUUGAUAAAUUCCUGGAGCCCUACAAUGACUCAGUCCAGGCCCAGAAGAAUGAUGUCUGCCGCCCAGGGCACUAUUAUGAACAACCGGACAAUGGGGUUCUCAACUAUCCCAAGCGGGCUUGUCAGUUCAACAGGACACAACUGGGUGACUGUUCAGGGCUUAGUGACCCUACCCACUAUGGCUACAGCACUGGCCAGCCCUGCGUCUUUAUCAAGAUGAACCGGGUCAUCAACUUCUAUGCAGGAGCCAAUCAGAGCAUGAAUGUUACCUGUGCAGGGAAGCGGAAUGAGGAUGCCAAAAAUCUCGGUGACUUCACUAUGUUCCCUGCCAAUGGCAACAUUGACCUGAUGUAUUUUCCCUACUAUGGCAAGAAGUUCCAUGUGAAUUAUACACAGCCUCUGGUGGCUGUGAAGUUCAUGAAUGUGACCCCCAACGUGGAAGUAAAUGUUGAGUGCCGAAUUAAUGCAGUCAACAUUGCCACUAAUGAUGAGCGUGACAAGUUUGCUGGCCGAGUAGCCUUCAAACUCCGAAUAAUAAAAAAGACCUGAGUCUACUCACUGCAUCCCUCCUUGUCCCUCUCCCUGUCUCCCCCAGGGCUUUAUGGAAUGUGCUUUCUGGAUGCUCCUUCCCUGCCUGAUGUCUUUUCCCUGCCCCUCCCCAACUCCCUUCUUGCCCCAAAGGUAUUUUUUACAACAAAGCUAUAAUUCCAUCCACUCCUUCUCAACUCCCAUCCCUGUUGGGUGGUAGCCAUUUUGAUUCCCUGGAAGAAUACCCUCUUCCACUGUUGGUAUGCGAGAGGUUUAGAGCAGGGAGGCCAUCUUUGCCCCUUUCCUGACAAGUUGGUUUCCAAUGCCAUCCAGGUACUUGUAUGGCUACUGGUGAAAUACUCUUACAAUUGCCCCACUUCCCUCUUUUUUCUUAUUUUUAUGGACUCAACAAAUGUUUUCUUAGUUUCCCUGGUAGUGGUGGUGACAGUCUGUCCUGUCAGUGAGGGCCACUCUUCUGAUUACAAACCUAUCUCUCCUUUCCCUUUCCCCAUCCAUCUUAGUGACUUGGAGAUAAGAUAUUUGGGAACCUGUCUCUUGGGCCCCCCCUUUCUCCCAAAUUUAAUAAUCCUGCUGUCCUCUUUAGGUGGUCAUUUUUGAGUUGAAGAUGGGGUUUGUCCAACUUCUUUUUCCCUCAUCCAUUUUCCACACUCCAUAUCUUACUGAAGCCUUUAAAUUGUCAUCUCUAGGUCCCCUUGUUUUUCCAAUUCCCUAACCCCUUCUCCAUAUGGUGGAUGUCUGAGCUGAAAAAUGGGGUGUCUUCUCCCCUCCCUUGGGCUUUAAAGCGGGGUAUUUAAGAAGAGGGAUGCCAUUUUGUUCCUUGACCGGAAAUUCACAAACUCUGUCCCUACCUCAUUCCUUUUGAUACUUUCCAUAACCUGGUGUCUGCUGCUCCAAAAGACACUGGGACAUAAUAUUUGGUCAAUUUUAUCUCUGCAUAAUUUCCUUAUAAACAUUUCCCACCUCCCACCCCCAGCUCCACUUUCCAGUGCUUUGGGUGGCCAUCUUGAACUGACUUUGUCCCCACUGGCCACCUUGGAAACCUCAUCUGGCCAUGGUAAUAUGUCACCUUCUUUCUGUGCCCCCCAGUAUAGUUUUUCUUAGCAAAUCAUUGGCUAAUUACUAGCACUCGUUUUCCACUUAACAUCAACCUGAAAGUUUUAAGUUCCCCUCUGAAUUUGAAAAUGGCUCCCCUCUCCAAACCUCCUCGCCUUUUUAGCCCUGUAAUUCCCAUAACGUGUUUAAAGAGACCCCUGCUCAGAAGUAUUUUUUUAAUCACAGAGGUGUUUUAAUACUUCCUUUCCUCCUUUCCAUCCCAAAUUUAUUCCCUAUUAAUGCUGCACUCUCCUUCCUUGGAUCUGUCCCUUUUCUCUUGAACUCAGGCAAAGCCUGGGUUCAAAUCCUGCCUUUGAUACUUACUACCUGUGUGACCAUGGGCA